CUCCAUCUCCAUUGAUAUUUUCAAGCUCUAGCUAUCUGCAUUUUGCAUAAUUAUUACUCUGAAAUGAUGAUCAGAGAUAAAAUUUUGAAAUUGCAUCACCGGCACAAGUCGUCGUCUUCUUUUUCGGAGAAAUCAGGACAUCGAUUUGACUUCUCCUUCUCCAACCUACAAGCUCGACAGGUACCUAAAGGAUGGGACAAACUUUCCCUCUCUCUUAUCUCUGUGGAAACAGGGAAAACAGUCAGCAAAUCAGGGAAAGCCUCAGUACGAAAUGGUAAUUGCAAAUGGACAGAAACAUGGUCACAGUCCAUGUGGAUUACCCCAGAUGAUAUUUCAAACAACCAAGAACAAUUCCCUCUUAAGUUUAUUGUAACAAUGGGAUCUGCAAGAUCUAGCAUUCUCGGAGAGGCUUCUGUAAAUCUUGCUCACUUCAGGGAUGCAAAAGCUUUUACUCCAGUUUCCUUACCUUUGAAAAAAUGUAACCAUGGCACAGUUCUACAACUGGAGAUCAAGUGUCUGACAUCAAUCAGGGAUAAUGAAUCCAAAGACAUGCCCUUCUAUGCUGAAGAAGAGAACAUGGAAUACAAUAACAUGGAAAUGAAAUCAGAGGAAAGAAGCCUCCCACGGCUGAGUUCAUAUCAUAGCUUUGCCUCUACAGAGGAUUCAUUGGGCAGAGAAAGCGUUUCAUCCCAAAGUGACUCAAAUAGGCAUGGUAACCUCAUAAUUGGUAGACAAGAAUCAAUUGAUUCCAGGAGUAGUGCAUCCUGUGGUUCUUACUCUUUUUGUGAAUCACCCAAAUCGUACAACUCUCCCUAUAAUUUAAUGAUCUCAGGAUCAGGAAAGAAUGCUCAAAAUCAAAAAGAUGAUUUGAAACAGUUCUCACAUGAGAACACCGCAUCAGUGCAACUUUCUGCUUCCUCUAGAAACUCCUUACAAGCCAAAGAUACUACCAGUAAAGAACUAAUUGCAGAGGCCAUGAUGUGGGAACAAAAUGCUCAAAGCUUAAAGAAUGACUUGGAAAUGUCAAGGAAGGAGUUUGCUGACCAGUCACAGCAGAUAGAAAACCUUAAGAUGGAGCUUUGUUCAUUGGGUACAGAACGUGAUGGAUCGAUGCAAGAAAUCAAACACCUUGAGAUCCUUUUACAAGAAUCCAUGGAAAAGGAAAAAUCAACUGAGAGUUUAAUGCUCCGAGUCAGAGAUAUGGAUAGUGUUGAAAAGAUUUUAAAAGAGGAACUUAGGAUUCAAAAAGAAUCAAAUGACGAUAUGUCUUUCCAGCUAAGUAAAACUCAAGAAUCAAAUAUUCAACUAGUCUCUAUUCUGCAGGAGAUGGAAGAAACUGUUGAAAAGCAGAAAUUGGAGAUUAAGAACCUUUUAGAAGUAAAGUCAAAUUCUGAGAACCAACAGAACCUAGAGGACAAGCUUCAACAGUUGCAAGAAUCACAGAAAAAUCUGGAAAACACCACUCUCCAUCUGGAGAAAAUCAUCAGGGAGAAAACUCAUGAGAUUGAACUUGAACGAGAUCACAGGACUCAGGCUCUUAUAGAUUGUGAAGAAAAAUGGAAAAAUAGGUCAAGAGAACAAGAAGAGGAAAUCACUUAUUUGAAGGCAGAGUUAUCCAGACUUUUAAGUGCCGAGGACUCCAAGACAAGUGAGAUCAAAGCUGAAGCUGACUGUGAUCUGAUCAAGGAAAAUGAGACUCUCAAGGAAAGACUCCAGGAACUUGAGAGAGAUUGCAAGGAGCUGACCGAAGAAAAUCUGGAACUUCUGUACAAACUGAAAUCAAAGGGAACUUCCUCUAUCAGUGAUCCCAUUUUAAGAUCAUCUUCCGUUGACCAUCAACUAAGUCAACAAUCACCUAGUGGUUCUGAAAGUAAGCAGAAAACCUGUGAUCAGGAAGAAAACUUAGCUCUGGAGUUUCACUCACAAGUUAGGGACAAUGCUUUGAAGCCAAAUUCUGAAAUCAACUCAUGUUGCGUUGAAGUACAAGAACAAGAUCAGAGAACUGAGGUUGCUGCAAUGCCAUCAGAAUGUCAGCAGGAAGGAGAUUGUCAAGAUCGUUUCACUCAUAAAAAUGUACCCAUAAUAUUUCAAAGUUCCGAGUCAGGACAUAUUGAAGAUAUCUAUACCCUACUCAACACAUUAUGUCAUCCCGCUAAGGGUGAGCAAGCUAAUGCAGUGUUGAAAAAUUUCCAGUUAUUGAGGUACAGGUUGGCUCUAUAUCUUGAUGGUAGUCAACAUAUCGAGGAUGAACCCAAAACAACAUUAAAGGAUGCAUGUGAAGUUCAAAAUGAAGAAAAGGAUGACCUUCCAAAGGAAAAUACCCAUUGUUCUUGCUGUGAAAGGCUUGAGGAUUUAAAUAAGGUGCUAGAGGGCAAGAUUCAAAAUUUAAGUAGUGAUAGUUUAGCUAAGAACUCGGAGAUACUGGAGCUGAAGACAAAAUGUUUGAAAAAGGAUGUAGAGAUCGAAGCGCUAAGGCAUCAUCAGACUGAUUUGAGUACUCAAAUCUCUGAUCUCCAGAUGAGUAAAUGUCUGAUGGAGGAGAGAAUGGAAAACAUGCAACAAGAACUUAGUGCCACCUCCAAUUCUUUAGACAUUUCCACAAAUGGUUUGAUGUUUCUUGAUCAAUGUAUUUGUGGAGGUGUCUCUAAAAUGACGUACGAAAUGAAAUCAUUAGAGCUAGAGAGUGAUAAGUAUGAGUUAGAACUUAAUUUGCAUGAAUUAGAGAAAGAAAAUGUAGAUCUGUCAGAACGAGUAUCAGGAUUGGAAGCUCAACUAAGGCAUUUGACUGAUGCAAUGGAAUUCAAUCGUUUGGAACUGCAGCAUUCUGGUAAUCGUGUUGUGAGCCUUGAGAGCAAGAUUAGAAAAUUAGAACAUCAAAAGGAGUCACAAAAGCUCGAUAUGAAAGAACAGUUGCUGGAGAUGCAAAAGCGAUGGUUAGAUGCUCAAGAAGAGUGUGAGUAUCUGAAGAAAGUAAAUCCAAAGCUCCAAGCAACAACAGAAAGUCUUAUGGAAGAGUGUCAUUUGCUUCAAAACUUGAAUGCAGAACUAAGGCAACAAAAAUUAAAAUUACAUGCGAACCAUAAUGUUUUGGAAGCAGAAUUGAGGAAAUCUCAGCAUUCUUUCUCCACCUGUUUGAAAAGGAUAGAGUCUUUAGAAGCUAACUUUUCUUCAGUGAUGGAAGAGAUUGAAUCAAAAGAGAAGAUCCUUAAGUUUAAACUUGACGAUCUCCACCUACAGACUAAAGAGCAUGGAGAGAAAUUUCUUGUAGAAGGGUGCACUCUUCAUGAAAUGUCUCCAGAGAACACAGUUGAAGUCAAAAAGUUUCAAGAACAGGUACAAUCCCUGAUGGUAGAGAUGUCAGAUCUUAUGAGUGAACUUGGUACUUCCAAAGCCAAGGAGGGAACUUUGGCAGCUAAUUGUGAUAAGCUACUGAGGAUGAUGGAACAUCUUGUAUCCAGUGAAGCAAAGCUUAAAUGCACCAUUAAUGAGCUUGAGUCAAAACUACUGUCUUCUGAAUGUCAAAUGCUGCAAAUGACUGAAGAGAAUUCUAGCCUAAAGAUUCAACUGCAUACAUUACCAUUACUUCAGGAGGAAGUUUUGUAUCUUAAAGAAGCACUAUCUGGGAUGAAGUUUGAAAGUGAGAGAACACAAGUUACACUGCUGUUGAAAUAUGGAGAUUGUGAAGAGUUGAAGGAAGAGAAUGCAUCAUUACUUCAGGAAAUCACCUGCAUGCAGAAGGAAGUGGCGGAAGCAGAAAAAUGCAAAUACAAGACAAUUGCACUAGAGGAGAAAGUUCUGAGGCUGGAAGGAGACUUAACAGCAAAAGAAGUAAUGUGUACCAAAGUUUCCGAGCUGAAAAAUGAGCUUUGCCAGCUUAGAAGAGCAAAUAGCCAACUUCUGUGGCAAAUAAAAUCCCUUCAAUUCGAGAAAGAGAACUGCUCGAAGCAAGUCACAUCCCUCGAGGAAAAAUUGUCGAAAAAACGACCAGACAACCAAAGAGAGGAUGAUGAUACCAUUCCUACUCUAGAUGAGCUGAAGUUUUCAGAGGUAGAGGAAGAGAACUUCAGCAAGCAUCAGCAUGAGAUAAUUACUCAAUCUCUUCAAUCAGAUAAAUACUUGAAAGUUCAGAAGAUUCAAGGCAACUCUCAACAGGAUGGAAACAAAGAAAGCAAUUACAACAGAGAUCUUCAAGGGACUCUUGCCAAAAGUGUAUCAGUGAACCAAUUUCCGGGCGAUACAGUAGCUCAGACUUUAGACAGCAAUUAUAUCCAUGAAUCCCAUCUAAUUAGUUUGCCAUCCAAAGGAAGAGACAAUAAUGUGCAAAAAGUAUCUCAGCUUGAAUCUGAGCUACAAGAAAUUCGUGACCGGUACCUGAACAUAAGUCUUAAAUAUGCAGAAGUGGAGGAUCAGCGCGAGCAACUCGUAAUGACUUUAAAAGCCAUACAUGAUCAGAAGACAGCUACAGGAUACCGUAGCCUUUCCUCUUUCUGGUAAACUGGUGCUGAUAUGUGACAAUUUUUCUCCGGUACGCUAUUUUCAUACACAGCUCAUUCAAUGAAAGAAUUGUAGAAAUAA